AUGAGCGAUGACACUAUCAUUGCCCACACCGAAGAGAUGGUAGAGGAGGCUAACGUCAUCGGUCUCAUCACUAGCUACAAUUCUCUCCUUGAGCAACGCCAAGACAAGAAUGUCUUGAGAUUUGUAACUGAAAAAGUUUUUAUCCAAAACCUCGAGCACCAUUUUCGCAAUAUGACGGCGGCGAGUAUGACGGACAAGGAGGAGGCGGCCAUUGAGGCAGAUCUGGGCACGCAUGUCGCUAUAUAUCUCUUCUACACUGGGUCCAACCAGUGCAACAACUGCGAACGUGCGCUAAACGCAUAUGACUUUUACUUUUCGGGCAAAAAAGUGCACGGCAAGGCCUUCAAAUCAAUCAUCAUUGAUGCGCCGCAUAAACUUCAGCUGCGCGGCUUCAACUCGAAGGCAACCGUGAAUGUUAUGCAGUGA